AUGCGGCGGCAACGACGGCGGGACGGCGUUUUGCCCAAGCCUUCCCCCGCGGGUGUCGGGUAUGCCAAGACUACUUCCAUUCGUCCAUCCUAUGAGACGGAACAACGGAGCAGGGGGGGUCAAUGUGAGGACGGGCAAGGGACCCGGCCUUCUGGAAUGGCAGCACGCAGCACGACUAAAACAGCGCAUCACAAGCACGGGCGCGCACUUGCCCCAGUGUAUCGAUACUUCACUGAGGUACUUCGACUGGUGGACAUGGGAUAUCCGGGUGCCCACGGGGUAAAAUGCGGGAAGUCAGUGAGCUGUCUGGGGAGUCCAGGGUUGGGUGAAAGGGUUCUGAGGGGGAAAACGCGGAGGCGAGGUGUUUAA